GUCCCUCUAUGAUUCAAGGAAGCUUUGAUUCUUCAAGUUUUAUUCAUAUAACAUAUACAAGAAUGAUAUUUAAACUCUUCUUUGCAUUAACACCAUUGGUACUUCUCUUAGCUUCUCAAUCAUUGUUCUUGAUACACAAGAAAAGUUCUAAACCACAUUUUACAAGCAGCUCAGUAUCAUGGGUUCUGAAGUUUUCCAAUAUUUCUCAAUCUUCCUCUUCUAUCUUUUACUCAAUUCAGGUACAAAUGUUGCAGAAACACCUCCCCUGGAAGGAAUCCAGAAAACCACAACAGCAGAAAACCAAGAAGACCAGAUAUUUUUCUCACCUUCCGUGUUCGCCACCCAAUUAGAUGAUACAGGAGCAGUUCCAAUUGUCAAUCCAACAACUCCAGGUACUGGAACAACAACUCCAGGAACUGGAACAGGAACAAUAACUCCUAUUAUAGAAUCUCCCCCACCACCACCUUCAGGCAUAACAACACCUCAAAUACCCCCAACAGCUACAACUCCGACUCCAACCACAUCCGGAGGGUCAUGGUGCAUUGCAAGUCCAACAGCUUCAGAAACUGCUUUACAGGUAGCUCUUGACUAUGCAUGUGGCUAUGGCGGCGCAGACUGUUCAGCAAUUCAACCGGGUGCAAGCUGUUAUAACCCAAACACUCUCCGGGACCAUGCUUCUUAUGCCUUCAAUCAGUACUACCAGAAGAAUCCAGUUCCUACCAGUUGUGUCUUUGGCGGAACAGCACAACUUUCCAGCACUGAUCCAAGUAAUGGAAACUGUCACUAUGCAUCACCCACCUCAACACCCAGUGUAACUCCACCAGCCAAUCCAACACCAACACCACCAACAAUAACCACAUCUCCAACUACGAUGACUCCACCACUAACAACCACACCUAGUGGACCAACAGUUUAUGGGGUGGCAGAACCGACAGGGUUGCCCAGCUCAGCAACCUCAGUUUCAUGCAGUUUACUGCUCCUCUGUUCUGCAACCGCUAUUAUUGGAUCACUUCUUGCUGCAAGUCAUAUCUAAGCGCAUGGAAACUGCGUUUGUUUGUUUGUCUCUUAAAUGAGAUGGCACUUUCCUUGCUUGCCACAAAACUUCAUCAACUUCUAAGCAGGCAGUGAGAAUCAAUGUCCCAAUGUUUUCUCAAAGCCUCAUUUUCACCAUAAAGUCUAUUUUCUAUACUGCUAUUUAUGCGUAUUAGUCGAUUAAGAAGAUCGGAGGAAUGAAGAAAAACAUAGAAAGUUAUAGGCUAUUGUACUUGUAGGCAAGUUAGAAUAGUUAUUUUCUCCUCAGUUUAGUAUAAUAAAGUACUAGAUAAGCUUUUAUGGCUUUAGAACUACAUAUACAGAGAAGAAAUAUGUACUUGUUAUUAGCUACCACAUGAAUUUAUUUAUGAAUGAGAAUAGCAAAAGAAACAUAAACGUUCAGAAUAAAUGGCAUUAGAACUA